UAUGAUUCUGAUGAAGAACUUAUAAAUGAUUCUGAUGAAGAUCUUGAAAAUGAUUCUGAUGAAGAACUUAUAAAUGAUUCUGAUGAAGAUCUUGAAAAUGAUUCUAAUGAAGAUCUUGAAAAUUAUUCUGAUGAAGAACUUGAAAAUGAAUCAGGAGAAGACAUUUUCGAUAAUUUAAAUAAAAAGGUUGAAAAUAAAUCUGAAAUUGAUGAAGAAUUUGAAAUGAAAUCUGAAAGUGAAAUUGAAGAAGUUGAUGAGACGUCAGACGAUGAAUCUGCAAAGAGAUUCAGCAACAAAUUCCAGAAAUUUCUCGGCACCAGGAUGGAAUUCAACCACACCUCUUCCUACCACUCAGACACUAUGCUCUCAAGGUCCGGACCCGGGACCAGUCUAUACCCAACCUUGCACCAGGAUACAUCCACGCUCCAGUCUCCAAUCCAACCCAGAGAUCAGGAUGUAAGAUUGAUACUCCGAGCCGCAAUAAACCCUGCUCCAGGCAUGGUGAAACCGGAGGAGAAGAGCCUCACGGCUCCUAUUUCCCUUCCCAGCUCCCAAGGGCGAAAAACCCGCAAAGCGUCUCGAACGGGCGCAGCGGCGCGUUUACCGAUCGUUCGGGCGCAAAUAAGACUUCCAAAUGACUUGAAUGAAAAAAUGCCUUCAGCUCCGUGCACCCCUGUGAACAUAAGAAAAGAUAUUCAGUUAUCUAAACUAGUGGAGGAACAGGGUUCCUCAGUUGACCGAACCAGCCUCCAAGCUAGCCUUCAGGUCGAAACUGUUCACGACCUUCAGGUUGAAAAGAAACCGGCCCCGAAGUCUGUGGCCUCCAUGGUUCGAAGGUUUGAGUUGGAAGCAACAACUGAUGCGAAAUCAAGAGCAGGACGGUCUGAUGCUAGAUCUCGAUCAUCUACUCCCCGACCAAUAACUCCCGAAGCAGAUUUAACAGAUACUGGACCCAACUCUCCUACUCCCAUAUCAUCCAGGUCCUCCUCCCUGUCUGGUUGUUGUAGCCCUGGGUAUCCAUCAUCUAAUGAGGUGCCAGAUUCGGCUAAUGGCGGCCCUCAGGAUAUCAAUAUUAAGCAAGAUUCAUCAUUCAAAUCUACGGCAGGAAUCAACAAGGAAGAAGUAUCUGCGUCAGAACACCCCCACACAGAACAAACUCAGAACACUAAGAAAAUUAUGGGGACUGGGAAUGAGUUGAAGAAAAAGUCGGGCGGGGCGGGAACUAAGAAUAGCGGGGGUAAUCCCAACAAUCCCAGGCCUAUUAUUUCGGGGGAUCGUGCAAAAAUGAGCACAUCAGCUCCAAACUCUAAACCCAGCACAUGUGAUCUGUCAGUCGGGUCAAUCCAGAGUCAGGCACAAAAAGUCCCGUCAAAGAAUUGUACAUCCAUACAAAAGAAGCCUUCAUCUUCGGUAAAGGAGGUAGACAUAAAGAAGGAAGCCAGGAAUUUCAAACCUAUUGAGAACCAUAAAUCUGGUAUUCAGGCUUCGACAAAUUCCUCACCAGGUCCAACAAUGCAUAAAAAGUCGGUGUCUGUUAACAAAAACCCAAGUUUAACAAAGAAGACGACAGAUGAGAAGACACCUCGUGUAAGUCAAGAAUCUCAGAAAAAGACGUCAACAGUUGACAAGGAGAGAGGAGGAUCAACUAGUAAAAAGACAAGUAUCACAAAACCAGGAAAGAAUACUGGUGGUACUCCAACUCUUAUAGAGGUUGCCAACAUGGAUGCUGAACCACACAAAAAUACCUCUGAGCCCCCUGGUCCGGUCAUACAAAAACAGAAAAACAUUACAAUUAAGAAUAGUUCAUUAGAGAAGAGACCAAUGUUGCACAAACCUAUUGAAAAGUCUGACUCAUCUGUCAGCCUGGCUCGCAAGAAGUUUGAAAAGAAACUUGAAAAUAAUGAACAUGGAACAAGGACAGUUGAUGGAGCAAGAAAACUGACGGAGCCCUUGCCAAAAGUUAAAAUAAGUCAAAAUGUUUUCCUGCAAGAGGAUGCACAGAAGCGCAAACCGAAAGCAAGAACACAGGAAGUUCAUUCAAUGUGUACUGAUAGUGAUAAUUCAGAGCCUUGGAUCAAUAAAGAUAGGCCAAGUGAAAGUGUUUUGCAUUCCCUGCAUUCAAAGAAUGAUUCAUUGCAAAUGAAUUCUAAAGAUACCCACAACAGGGGGCCUUUAUUUUCUGGUUCUGCUGAUUUAGUUCCUAGUCCUGAACCUUGUGAAAAAGAUCUAGAUCUUAACUGUCAAAACGAGUCAAUAAACUCUAUUCAGAAUACAACCAUAAUUCACACUGAUGAUUCAUUUACUGACCUGGUUAGCUGCCCAGGAGAGACCAUUAAUAAAGAAAAGGAAGCCCUACCCCCUCUAGGUCCUGUGUUGAUACACAGUACCCCUGAACUUGACACAGAGCCCAGUUUGACUCAGCCUAUUCCUGAUUUGAAUAUUGAUGAUGUACCUUCUAACGAGAUAGAAUCGUGUAGAAGAGAUCCAGACAGUAUGGACACUUGUGACAGAUCUUUAGAUGAUUUGGACAUAUCUGACAGGAGGGUAGACAGACUUGUUCCUAGUUUGGAUCAUGAACUACCAGAGUCUCCAGCCUACAGAUCCCCUUGUCUAUCUGAUUCAAGUGAUUCUGAGGAAGCAGUUUCAGCUCGGCACCAUGUCCUUGAUGCAUUUGUAGGCACCAACGAAGAGCCUGGUCUGAGAAAUAAACUUCUUUCUCAUUUAGUCAACAAACGGUCUGAGUCUGACGGAAUUGUUUGCAUGGACAGACCCAAGGCUGAUAAACCUGUGAGGCGGUGUGAGAGUAUUGAUGAAGGAAUGGACCAAGUAAGCAGGGAUAUGGCUACCCUUCAUUUUGGACAAAAUAUAAAGACAGUUACCCCAGCAACAAUAAUGAAAGGUCCUGAAGAUUAUACUGCAGGUCUGCAGGAAACUGUGUAUCUAAGGGCACAUUAUUUCGGAAAUCCUGAACCCAGAGUUGCAUGGUACAAGGGGGGAAGAAGGAUGAAUCACACUGAAAGGAUAAAGAUCAGAACAUAUCCGGGGGAAUCAACCCUUGUGAUUCGAGACCUACGUGCAGAUGACUCUGGGAAGUAUGAGAUACAGAUAGAAAACGAGAUAGGAAAUGAUUCUGCUUCCGCUAGUCUGUGUGUCGAAGGUCCCCCUGAGCCUCCAGGAGGACGACCUUACAUCACUACUAUAGACAAGGAUGCACUAAGAUUAACCCUGGCCUGGUAUGGUGCCACAUUUGACGGUGGCUCAAUGUUGACCGGAUAUAUUGUAGAAAUGUCAUCAUGGGUUAUUUCAUCAGAAGCUGGACACCCUGAACCUACAGAUUGGACAACUUUAACUUCAAAAUGUCACUCUACUUCAUACAUUGUUCGUAACCUAGACAUUGACAGAGAAUACAUAUUCAGAGUUAAAGCUCAGAAUAUCCAUGGACCAUCUUCACCUGGCAAGGUUUCUGAGCCUGUGAGUUUCUUAAAAAUAGAUGAUGAAGAACUUACUGAGGAUGAGGAUGAGGACGAUAGUGAUGGAGAUGAAUUUGAUUCCCAGUUUGAUCACCAUCAAGUAAGUUUGGAGGAUGGAAACAUUUUUAAAGAAAAGUUUGAAAUAUAUGAAGAGCUUGGACGAGGUAGGUUUGGAGUUGUGUUCAAAGUUAGAGAUAACACUACUCGUGAAUUGUUUGCUGCCAAGUUUGUGAGAUGCAGGAAACAGGAGGAGAGGGACAAAUGCAAAGAAGAAAUUUCUAUAAUGAAUGGUUUGGACCACAGCAGACUUCUUCAGCUUGCAGCUGCAUAUGAAAACCCCCGGGAAGUUAUCAUGAUAAUGGAGUUUAUUGGCGGAGGAGAGCUCUUUGAAAAAGUAGUUGCAGAUGACUUUACUUUGACAGAAAGAGAUUGUGUUCUCUUUAUGAGGCAGAUCUCCACAGCUAUUGGAUACAUGCACCAACAACAUAUUGUUCAUUUGGAUCUUAAACCAGAAAAUAUUCUUUGCAAGUCCAAAAAGUCACAUCAAAUUAAGAUUAUUGACUUUGGUCUGACAAGAAAAUUGAAACCUGGUGAAGAUGUAAGAAUUCUAUUUGGAACUCCUGAGUUUGUUUCCCCGGAGGUGAUAUCCUAUGAACCUGUGUCAGCUUCAAGUGACAUGUGGUCUGUCGGAGUAGUAUGUUAUGUCCUUCUCUCAGGUCUUUCUCCCUUCAUGGGAGACUCAGACGUAGAAACAUUUGCCAACAUCACUGGAAUGUGCUAUGACUUUGAGGAUGAAGCUUUCGAUAACAUCAGCGAGGACGCUAAAGACUUUAUCCUGAAGCUCCUUGUGAAAGAUCAACGGAAGCGAAUGAAAGCUUUGGAGUGCUUGAAGCAUCCCUGGUUAAGCCAGGGCAGCAAAGACAAAAGAAACUAUAAGGAGAUUAACACUGAUAAGCUUAAAAGUUUCCUUAUGCGCCGCCGCUGGCAGAAAGCCGCACAUGCCAUUCGAGCCUUGGGUAGAUUCACCUCCUUGGGCUUCCAAAAGGAUUCAAAAGAUGCUGCCUCCUCAAUAAGUGCAUUCAGUACACAAAGUGCAAACUUUUAGGUUGCCAGGUUCAAUUCUUGCAGAUAGUCGUGUUCUAUACAAGAAAGAGAUAAUUUUGUGCCAAACCCUGUUUUUGCAAAGUUGAAGUGAGUUGACACCAUCACACGCUCAACCCGAAUCAAGAGGCUUUCAGACACUUUUAUUGUACAAACAAGUACGCAUUAGAACAUAGUACGCUCAUUCAUCUAAUGGUCUUAACACACACUUUGUGCACAAAUACAACCCAACCCUGUGUGCAUUCAUGAGCCUUAAAGCAUGCUCAAUGCUCAUCUUGAACUAGGAAAAAGUUGUGAAUUCUCAGAGUACAUGGUUAACCUUCAGAUUCAGAUAGUUAAAGUCAACAGGAUAUAAGAACUUAUAUUUUAUUUGAGAUCCAACUCCGUCCUUACUUUAAACCCUACCCGGAGAAAAGAGAGAAUAAAUUUCAUCCUGACCCCUGGAAAAACACCCAGAGUCAUGUAUUAAAAACUGUUAUGAAACUUGAUUAAAAUCUUAAUUAUCCAAGAUUAAUUAAGUUUUGUCAUAAUUAUCCACAUUAGAGGUUUAAUGAUCUGAGUAAUAAUAAUCUAAGUCCGCUGCAGUUUCACAUUCCGUGGGUUAAGUCACUUAGAACCCAGAGUCUAGACAAUAAACAGUAUUAGAAGCUGUUUUAAAUUAGUCCAAGUCCUUUUUAAGGGACUAUGAGCGUAAUUUUAAGCGGCACUCCAUGCAAAGAUGGCAAUGUCCGAUUCAGAACUGUACCCUUGAAAUUUUUAUUUGAU